GGCUGGGGGGAGAGGGGGGAGAGAGAGAGAGAGAAUUGAUUGGGUGAAGCCGGACGAAUCUCUGGGCGGGUAGGGACUGCUUAAAAACCUCACGUUGCUCUCUCGGUUUCCCGCAAAAAGAUUGGAUUUUUGGUGUCAUUGGUCGCUUGAGCUCGGUCUCAUUCGCUAAUUUUUGCUGUUCUUUCUUCUCUUCAAUUCCUCCGGAUCUUGCAACUCAAGCUGGACUUGGCUGUUCGGGUACUGCUUUUGCUUACUCCUUCAUGCUUUUGGUUGGAUUUGAUGGGUUCCUUCGCUCAUUUUGAUGACUUGGUUGCUCCGCGAACGGUUAUUACUCAUGUACUUGGUUUCCAUUUACAGUACGUAGUGCUAAUUUACGGCAUUUAUUUGAUCACUUUUGGAUUUUUUUUUUUUCUUUUGGAACAUGGAUUCUUGAUGUCACUGGGGCAUAUUGCUGGCUUGCAAGAGUUGUAGUAGCUUUUAGGCUAUUCUGAUGGCAAGAAGGACCGAAAAAUAUCAUUUUUUUGGCGAGAACGCUCCGGUUAAUUUUAUCAUCCAAAGCCGAAUUUGGGUGUUGAUCCAAAUCAAAGCAAUUCUUUAAGUAAUGACCAGCUAUUAGAAUCAAGUAUCAACCCAAUGAAUCUGAAGAAUGGAGGGAACAGCUCCACAAAUCCUAAUUUGCUCUCAAGGCAGCGUUUACGCUGGACAAAUGAGCUCCAUGAACGUUUUGUCGGUGCUGUGACACAGCUUGGUGGAUCUGACAGAGCAACUCCAAAAGGAGUUCUUCGAAUAAUGGGUGUGCCUGGAUUAACUAUAUAUCAUAUUAAGAGUCAUUUACAGAAAUAUCGGCUUGCAAAGUAUAUACCUGACUCUUCAGCUGAUGGCACAAAGCUAGAAAUGAAAGAUGUCGGGGACCUGAUUUCAGGACUUGAAAGCACUUCUGGGAUUCAAAUAACUGAAGCACUCAAAUUGCAGAUGGAGGUGAAAAAACGACUUCACGAACAACUAGAGAUACAGCAGCAGCUACAAGUGAGAAUCGAGGCCCAAGGCAGGUAUCUCAAGAAGAUGAUCGAGGAGCAGCAGCUGCUCAGCGGCGUGCUGGCCGAAACAUCUGCCUCUGGAGUUGCUGCUGCUACUGUCCCAAGUGACCUCUGCCCCGACCCCUCGACGCCUGUUCCGACCUCUGAGUCACCGGAAGAGGACUUGGCAGCUAGCAGUGGCACUGGCGGUGGGUCACUCAAAGGCCUUCUGCAAGAUGGUUCUUUGUCUGCCACCCAUGAGCCACCGACACCUGACUCUGGUGGGUGGGGGAAGUCUGGUACCGGCUCAGACUUCCAGUUCUAGGUUGCUGAGGGGCAUUUGCAUUCAUCGAGCAACUCCAUUUGCAAUGAGGAUAUGUGAAUGGUUUCCAAUGUGAUGUUUCUUGGAGGCUGGAUCGUUGUCCACCAUGUGUUUUUCUGCAUGUUGUAGAAGAGGUGAAUCUAUGACUGUCCUGCUGUCAUUGAAAUCAGUCGCAGGGAGAGGUUUCAUGGAGAUGAUGGUCGUGUUUCAUUUGUGUUGGAAUUGUAGUGACAUGGUUCGGACACAGUCUGAUCACUGUGUUUGACAAAGGAAAACAUGAAAAAUGAUCUCAUGAUUGAUUCA